GGUGUCGGUCGUCCUCCCGGAAAAUGGGACGUGGACGGACCUUGAACUAGCAUACCAAACCGUAAUGCUGGAAGGGGAGGACGCGUUCCUAUGGAUAGAGACGAUGUGGGCUAAUGUCAGCUUGACRAGGUUGUCGCCAAGAUUAAUGGAUCUGGAGUUCCGAGGGACAGUGGAAGCCCGGGGGUGGGUCUACUUGUCGCAAGACGGGGAGAAUGCUAUGGUCAUAGAAUUGGCACUCGGGAAUACGCCGGAUGAAUUGUUUAGGAAGGCAGAAGCGGAGGUUGUAUGGGCUGCGUGUCAACGGAGGGAAAUGGAAAUGGAGAGGGUAAAUGUGCGGGUGGAACUUGGGGAUAGAGGGAGCAUGAGGCGACCCGUUAGAACCAUGCGAUGCGUGUUGCCUCCCUUCCUGGUGGACGCAGUUUUCAGGACCCGGAGCAGGUUAGUACAAAUAUGCCAGUCCACGACGAACCUCGGACUAUACCAGUGCGCUAGGCAAGAUUUCUUUCGGUUGUCGGCAGAAAUGGGGUCGUUUGAGGGGAACAGGGCGGACGAGCUGGCCGAGGUACUAAACUGCCUUAGUGUAGACGAUGUUUUUAUCGCUAGCUCCGUGCAUUGGAGGAUAGUCUAUCGGAAUGUGGCAAUAGGGGAAACAUUUCUGGAAGGGGUGAAAGAGUUGUUCUACGACGAAGAGGACGACUUCAGCGAUGAGGACGAGGAUGAUGAGAUARAGGACUGGGACUUCUAAGGGGGGAGUGACUUAACCUARGGAAAACGGGUGGCCUGGUAUUGUUCAGGAAGUGGAGAGAUGACUAGAGAGGAAAGGAUGAUGGAAUACACCUUCAAGGGAUGGGAACCAAGGCGACUCAAAGGAGGAAUAGAAAUGCCUAUACCAACA